AUGGUACACGCGCGCAGCUUCAUUACAAUUUAUCACUCGUCGUCGUCGUCGUCAGUCGGUUCGACCCGACCCGGCAUCGCGAUAUACAUUGCAGUCUCGGCGCGUCUCUCUGUCUCCGCAGUGACAGAUUCGUUUCCGAUCUCAUCGUUUUCGUCCGCCGCCGCCGUGAGCUGUGACGCUAUACUGCCGCAGCGAGUACCAAUAUACGACUGCCGACAGCCAACGGCCGUGAGUACCUAUGUGGAACAAACAACACCGUCGUAA